UUAGAAUUAGAAGGACUGGAAUUUUCUUUAAUGCUUCCUCUGCGUGCAAGCCAACCUCAUCCAUCAUCUCGUACGGCAUACCCCAUCAUUACUCUUUCUCUCUCCCUCGUCCUUUAUAUAUCUUCCGUCCUGUGCUUCCAUUCCCUCUCACUUUGCAUGCCUAAAUGCAUCGAACCCAGCUCCUUUAACUCCCCGAUCCCUCUCCUCUCUCCCUCGCUACGCUUCUGUUCUCCCCGAACUAGCUUCAUCACAGAAACGCACACAUCUACCUCUGCAGCAAGCUUAUCUUUUCCUCUGAUCACUGAAGCCAGCUCAUUUGAUUAUUGUAUGGAUGGAUCCUUCUAAUGGACAACACCAGCAAAUGCCUAGCCAGUCACUGGAAAAUAUGUUGGCUUGUUCAAAGGCACAGAAUCAAGAGAGAAAGCCAAGACCUCAACCUGAACAAGCCCUGAAUUGUCCGAGAUGCGACUCUACGAACACCAAAUUUUGUUACUACAACAAUUACAGCCUCUCCCAGCCACGAUAUUUCUGCAAGUCUUGCAGAAGAUAUUGGACCAAAGGAGGAACUCUGAGGAAUGUUCCAGUGGGUGGAGGCUGCAGGAAGAACAAAAGGUCCUCGUCAUCUUCUACAUCAUCAAAAAGGGCUCAGGAUCAAUCACUAACACCCAAUUCCAAUCCACUCAUCACUACACUCCGUCCAUUAUCAUAUGACCCCAAUGACCUCACUCUUGCACUGGCUAGACUCCAGAAGCAGUCUUGCGGACACAUGGGUUUUGAUGACCAUGAUUAUUCAGGGAUGGGAAAUUCUGUUGGAAACUUCUCUUCCACAAAUACUGGAUUUUUAGAUGCACUUCGCGGUGGAUUCCUUGAAACACAGAGUAGUAAUCUUCAGAAUCUGUACUAUGGAUAUGGAAAUGGGGACUUGGGAGAGGUGGACAACGGAAGUAACAGUAAUGCUUGUGGAAUUACUGGGGCUAGUGGAGAGAUGAUGCUUCCAUUUGAUCAAGAAGUGAGUAAAGCCACUACUCAGGCAGUCACUGUCACUACCAUGAAGCAAGAAAUCUACAAUGGCAGACAACAAGGUGAUACCAAGGUUUUGUGGGGUCUUCCAUGGCAGCUUAAUGGAGACACAAGCAUGGGUGAAAUUGAUUCCGGGAGAGCGAAUUGGAACAGUCUCACGUCAUCUUGGCACGGGCUUCUUAAUAGUCCCCUAAUGUAAAAACUGCGAAAGAGAACAAUUAGAGGGCUGUGAUGAUUUCCCCUCAUGUUUGACUAGAAUUUAUCGGUCUUAAACUUUCAACAUUCCUUGGGUUCUGAAUCAAAUCAUCAUGUCUUCUUGUUUGCCUCCUUUUUUUGUUUGUUUUCAAAUUUUCUCACAUGAACAGCUGUUAGUAAGUUUUUAAUCUCUUUUUCCGUUUGGUAGAGUAAGGAAAAUUUCGGAUUUGUUUUGUUUUUCAAUCAUAGUCAAGGGGGUUGGAGAGAAAGUAGAUGAAGAAUCAUUAUUUCCCUAUUUGACAAAAAGAAGAGGGAGGGAGAAAGAAUGAAAGUGAUGUUUCAUGGCU